CCAACUUCAGAGAGAGAGAGAGAGAGGGAGCAAACGAGAGAGCGAGAGAGUGUGAAAAACUGCAGCUAAGAUCAGAUAGCAGACAAGGGUGAGAGAGAGAAAAAAGGAGAGCGACAGAGAGAGAGCAGUGUUUUAAAUGUUCAAAGAGGGAAUCAUUGGCGAGGUGUCGCACCGAAACAUUAGGGAAUCACUGGACAUGCCAGACCCUCAGGGAUGACCAAAGAAGAUUACGGGAACAUCGGAAUCAAUGCUAGAGAACGUUAACGGGAAAAACAUUCUGAGGCUGUUAGCUUAUAAUCUGCAGCCUUUAGAUAAGAACCUCCUUCGAAUACAUGCGUACAUGUGUGCGAGUUUCCAUCUGUGUAUGUGACGCUAAAGAUGAGGACCUCACUGGACAGUCAGGAUCCCUUUUUUUCUUUAGAACUGUGAUCUUUCCUGUAUAGGAGAACUGUGAGGAACUCAGUGGAAUCAUGCUUUAGCUCAACUUCAGAUCUCUUUCUGAUAUAUUUCCAUGCACACGAAGGGAAGAAAGCAGGCAACUCAAACUGAUCCAGAGCUGCUUUGGUACUCUCUCUCACUUACGGAUUGGUUCUGGUCGGGCAGAUUGGCAUGAGUGUGGGCAAGCCCCAUCCCUACAACAUCGUGUCGGAGGAGGACGUGUACCGGCAAGGCAACAUGCCUGCCCUCGGCAAUGGCUUUGGUAACAGCAAGAUCCAGACACGCCGGAAGGUGCGGAGCCGCUUCGUAAACAAGACAGGCCAGUGCAACGUCAGUUUCGCUCACAUGGACGAGCAAUCUCAGCGAUACCUCGCUGACAUCUUCACCACCUGCGUGGACAUUCGUUGGCGCUGGAUGUUUGUGCUUUUCUCCCUUGCAUUUGUCCUGUCCUGGCUCGCUUUUGGUUUCGCCUUCUGGCUUAUUGCUCUUGUCCAUGGUGACUUAGACCGGCCGACUAAAGACGACUUCACACCAUGUGUCAUGCAGGUCAACAGCUUUGUUGCAGCAUUUCUGUUCUCAGUUGAGACGCAAACAACGAUCGGCUACGGAUUCCGCUGCGUAACCGAGGAGUGUCCCUUAGCGGUGUUCAUGGUCGUCUUCCAGUCCAUUGUGGGUUGCAUCAUUGACGCUUUCAUGAUUGGUGCCAUCAUGGCCAAAAUGGCCCGACCUAAGAAACGGGCAGAAACGAUACUGUUCUCGCAUAAUGCUGUAAUUGCAAUGCGUGACAGGAAGCUGUGCCUCAUGUGGCGGGUCGGGAACUUGAGGAAAAGUCACAUUGUAGAGGCUCACGUGCGGGCACAGCUUAUUAAGCCCCGAAUCACAGAAGAGGGCGAGUACAUACCAUUCGAUCAGAUCGACAUCAAUGUGGGCUACGACCAAGGUCUCGACCGCAUCUUUUUGGUUGCUCCUCUCACCAUCCUCCACGAGAUAAAUGAGGAGAGUCCUCUGUAUGGAAUCAGCAAGCAGGACCUGGAAACAUCUGAUUUUGAGAUUGUGGUCAUACUGGAAGGGAUGGUCGAGGCGACUGCGAUGACGGCUCAGGUGCGCAGCUCCUACCUGGCCAGCGAAAUCUUAUGGGGCCAUCGCUUUGAACCUGUGGUGUUUGAGGAACGCAGCCAGUAUAAGGUGGACUAUUCGCACUUUCAUAAGACCUACGAGGUUCCCUCCAUGCCACGUUGCAGCUCCAAAGACAUGGAGGAGAACAAGUCCUUGGAGUCCGCCGCCAACUUCUGCUAUGAGAACGAAUUAGCCUUCAUUAGUAGGGAUGAAGAGGAGCAGGAAGAGGACAGGGGUGAGAGGGCGACUGAGCUAGAGACCCUUUCAGCCAAUCUGAACUUCGAUCAGAGGUCAUAUCACAAAGAAUCCGAAAUAUGACCCUUGACUGUCACCUUAAAAACUUUGCUUUAUCGUAGACUCAGCCUAUUCCUCUAGUGUCGGUUGUAACGGUUAGCUACAGAGCAAUGCAAGUGCCAUAUGAAACCUUGAUCCAUUGUCCUAGAGCCAUGCUGUAGUUGGGGGCAGGUCAGGAAAAGAAAGUGCUUUUUGUAGAUGUUGGAAAUGUGAGGCCUUCCUGUAGGAAAACUUGAAAUCUGAUUAUCUGUUUCAUACUGUAGUUUGAAGUGAUAGCUUUAAGUAGUAUCAUAAUGCAAUACUAAGCUAGCCUGGGUGCCAUAUUGACUAAAUCUCUCUGUUAACAGAAUUUGCACAAACUAGGUUAUUAACCACUAGUGUGUUUUCUUGGAUAUAGAGUAGAACAUGAUACACUCUUGUUUUGGUGUGAUUUACAGCAAUAAAAAGACUUGAAGGCAUUUAUCCAUGCU